AAAAUUGAAAUAAAAUUAUUUAAAUGCAAAUAAAAUGCCACUUCUCGAAGACAGUGGCAUUGAAAGUGAAGACAAAUCAUCGUUUAUUAUCGAGGAAGCUGACAUGGAUACGAACACUCGUUUGAAUCAUGACGACACUGUGGACCAUAUGGCAGAAUUGGAAGUGAGCUUUCGGGGAGCAGUUGAUACCAAAACUACCUCAUACAAUGCCAGAGAUUCAUCACCCACACAUCACAGUAGCAGCGACCUAGAGGACAACAUAAAACCUCCCAACACUUGUCGCAUCUUGCAACGGAAGUUGGAAUUGAAAGUUGAAAGGGCAAAAAGGAACUACACCCACUAUCAAGAGGAAAAUAAACGGAAAUCACAAUCGGCAACACUUAUACCCAUCAAUCGGCUACCCAUACCUGGAGAUGUGGAACAGAAGCCCUUGGUAGACUACAAAUCGGAAAGUGAUGAAUGUGAGGAGAUCUCCUUCUUUCCUUCGCACAUGCAUAAGAGUCGCAUGCGGAAACAAGCUGAACUCUCCGAUACCUUCAGCAUUCAGGAAAUGACAAUCGAUUCGGAUUUGGAAUCGAAUGAUUCACAGAAUUUGGAACUGCUAACACCGCAUCUGAAGAGAAGUUUUGUUGACUAUUUGAAAACUUGCUUUUGCCUACAGCCCUCGAGUUAACGAAACGGUUUCAAAGUGCCGAUGUUUAUCGCUAUAUUUGCUUCC